AUGCUUAAUAUACAGAUUUUAUUGAUAAUAUACUUAUAUUUUAGUUUAUACUUCGAAAGAUAUUGGCGCGUUCCGCGGGGGUGUGGACGAUCUAUUAACUAAGAUAAUUAUUUAACCGCAUCGUGACACGCUUGUUAGAAUAAAAUAUGUAACCACAGAUCAUUGCAAGUGUAGCUGCUUAACGUUCAACAAGUGUGUGUUUUGUUUCGUUCUUUAAGUUAAAUCUCGUUUUUUUAUUAUUAAUUUAAUACAAAUGACUCAACUCGGCGUCGAACUAGCCGAUGCAAAUAUGUCGCGUCCACACAAUGCACAGUCACCAACCGAUUUAAUCGAUACAUCUAAUUUUACCAUAGACUUUACCGGCCGCAAGUCUAUCAACAUCGGACUCGAUCCGUCUAAUGAUUUCAAUGUUUCAAUACAAAUAAUAACACCAUCACGGUUCGUAUGCUUGUCAACUGAUUUUUUACGUCGUAUUUACUCGUUGAUGGGGAAUAUUCUAUCGAUAAUAUCUGACCCGCCGGUUAAAAGUCGCGAAAGGCUUUUCCUCAAAGAUGAAACUAUUACACUGUCCAAGACGAGUCAUCGCGGCGAUAAUAUGCUGGCAGUCGAAUCUCAUCACCAACAAGGAUGUCGCGUAUUAUUGAGUAGACGAAAUCUACUAAAGCUUCAAGACAUGCAAUGGAUUAUCAACGAAACGGUUGCAUUGAAAUCUAACAUUAUACGUGACGCGGUGAUCGGACAAACCGAUCUUGUCGCAACAUAUUUAAACGCUAAUGUGCACGUGGAAAAAACAUCGACCGUUGAAGAAAUUAUCGCAAUCGUACACAAUAUCCAUAACGAUUUGGCUACAAUGAACAUUGUCGCAAAAAAUGAAAACAAUUUUACAAACCAGAUAAAAUUGUUUGCAUACAAACAACUCGCUCAGCGUUGGUUUAAGAAAAUGCAUGAAAACGGUAAAGACUGUAUAAACGAUGCUGACGGUGACGGCGGCGGCGGCGGCGGCGGCGGCGGUGACGAUAUCGAUGAUUGGCCCAUUUCACUCAAGACGAUCGAUGGAUCGACGGUGUUCUCUUAUACAAACUAUUGAUGUGUAUAGCUGCUUCCCACUCACCCGUCGGUCAAGGAUAGGAAAAAUAGCUGAUUAAACGCAUUAUAAUAUAUAUAUAUGUAUUGUAAACAUUGAUUAUAUUGUGACAUAACAUAACGUUCGUGAUGUAUAUAUAUAUUAUUCAUAUUAUCAUAAAAUACGAUUUAUAUACAUCAUACAUUAUUAAUAUUACUAUAUUUUAUUAUAAUAUUAUAUUAUAUUAUAGAAAAAAAAUAACAAA